AUGGAUCGAAGCAAACGGAAUUCAAUUGCAGGAUUUCCUCCACGUGUGGAACGUCUUGAAGAGUUUGAAGGAGGUGGUGGAGGGGAUGGGAACACGGCCCAGGUGGGAAGAGUUUGGCCAUCUUCAUACCGAGCUCUUAUAAGUGCCUUUUCCAGACUGACGCGUUUGGAUGACUUCACCUGUGAAAAAAUAGGGUCUGGCUUCUUUUCUGAAGUGUUCAAGGUACGCCACCGGGCUUCUGGUCAGGUGAUGGCUCUUAAGAUGAACACGUUGAGCAGUAACCGAGCAAACAUGCUGAAAGAAGUACAGCUCAUGAAUAGACUCUCUCAUCCCAACAUCCUUAGGUUCAUGGGUGUGUGUGUACAUCAAGGACAAUUGCAUGCACUUACAGAGUAUAUCAACUCUGGGAACCUGGAACAGUUGCUAGACAGUAACCUGCACUUGCCCUGGACUGUGAGGGUGAAACUGGCCUAUGACAUAGCAGUGGGCCUCAGCUACCUUCACUUCAAAGGCAUUUUCCAUCGGGACCUCACAUCUAAGAACUGCCUGAUAAAGAGGGAUGAGAACGGUUACUCUGCAGUGGUGGCUGACUUUGGUUUAGCUGAGAAGAUCCCUGAUGUCAGCAUGGGGAGUGAGAAGCUAGCUGUGGUGGGCUCACCCUUCUGGAUGGCACCUGAAGUUCUCCGAGAUGAGCCCUAUAAUGAGAAGGCGGACGUAUUCUCUUAUGGUAUCAUCCUCUGUGAGAUCAUCGCCCGCAUCCAGGCUGAUCCGGACUAUCUUCCCCGUACAGAGAAUUUCGGGCUGGACUAUGACGCUUUUCAGCACAUGGUGGGAGACUGCCCCCCAGACUUUCUGCAGCUCACCUUCAACUGCUGUAAUAUGGAUCCCAAACUGCGUCCAUCCUUUGUGGAGAUUGGGAAGACCCUGGAGGAAAUUCUGAACCGCCUACAGGAAGAAGAGCAGGAGAGGGACAGGAAGCUGCAGCCCACAGCCAAGGGACUCUUGGAGAAAGUGCCUGGGGUGAAGCGACUGAGCUCACUGGAUGACAAGAUCCCCCCCAAGUCACCACGCCCAAGACGUACCAUUUGGCUGUCUCGAAGCCAGUCAGACAUCUUCUCCCGUAAGCCCCCACGUACCGUAAAUGUCUUGGAUCCCUACUACCGGCCACAACGAGAUGGUGCUGCCCGUACCCCCAAAGUCAACCCUUUCAGUGCUCGUCAGGACCUCAAGGGUGGCAAGAUCAAGUUCUUUGACCUGCCCAGCAAGUCUGUCAUCUCCCUGGUAUUUGACCUGGAUGCACCAGGGCCUGGAACUAUACCCCUGGCUGAUUGGCAGGAGCCCCUGGCCCCACCUGCUCGCCGGUGGCGUUCCCUGCCUGGUUCACCUGAGUUCUUGCAUCCAGAGGCCUGUCCGUUUGUGGGCCGGGAAGAAUCGCUAUCUGAUGGGCCCCCCCCACGUCUCAGCAGUCUCAAGUACAGAGUAAGAGAGAUCCCACCAUUCCGGGCAUCUGUCCUACCAGCUGCACCAGCCCAUGAGGCCAUGGACUGCUCCAGUCCCCAGGAAGAGAACGGUUUUGGGCACAGGCCCCAGGGGAUCAGUCCAUGCCCUGCAGGUGCCUCUGAGGAGAUGGAGGUAGAAGAAAGGCCAAGAGGCUUGCUCCAGUCCCCUUCUCCCUCUCAGGCAUAGGCCUGUAAACCCAGGGAGAGGAGGAUGGGUGAGGGGGCUUAGUCCCUGCUUCACCUUGGGGAUGGACCUUCAGCUGACACCACAGGCACCCCGAUGCACAGCCUUCACUCUUCCCUAAGCCCACAGAGCAGGCAGGGUAGGCCAGGCCAAGCCAGGCUCAACUUUUGGGCUCCUGAUACCCAAUGGCUGUGUAUGAGAAGGGAGGCAGCAGUGAAUGGCCCUCCUACUUAGGGCCAACAGCUCAUACCAAGCCCCCCAAAUCCAGCAAGGAGCUCUGGCUUCCACCUGACCCCACAUGUGCUUCCCCAUACAGGACCAGAGGACUCCCAGAUCUCAGAUAAGCUGGCAGGCAGCUAUUACCCCAUUCUUCUCCCAUCCCAGGUCUGUCUCUUGCCCUUUGUUGGGGCAUAUAAGCUAACUGGAUGGAACCUGCAGCUGACCAGGAGGCCAUAAAGGGCAUGACUAUUUCUCAGACCUGAAGACUGGGGUGCCUCUUGCCAGUAUGUCUAAGACACUUGAAUAAUUGCUGUUUGCACUUCCUGCAUGGUCAGACCAUGUCACUACAUUUCUAUGCAAGGGGAGGGCAAGGCAGCGUGGUGGUCAUGGCUUUUAGCUAACCUAUUCAAAGACUUUUUUCCAGUUGAUUAAUCUAUUUUCAUAUUUAUAAAGGAGUCUUAAUGUUCUGCCCCAUAAAACUUUCAACCUUGUGGUUGGGAGUGGGGCUGGUUUUGUAGGCCCUAGGGCCUGCUCUGUGUAUUUGUCAAUGUGUGAUGCACCCAAUUGGUUAAAUCGUUUUUACAUGGACUGAUUUUCUUUGCUUCCUGCUGGAGCUUUGGGAAGUCUGUCCUUACAG